AUUCAGGCAUCACCUUAUACUACGUACUGGCCCUACGUAGUGUAAUGUGGAACUGAUAAAAAUGGGGUGUCGGAGCUGCUGAGUUGAGCGAUACUCAUCCUACCACCGAGACUGUGUUGCUCCGCGGGGACGCCCGCUAAGCAUGGGUACCGACCAGCUGCUGCAGAUCCUGACAGCCCUGGCCUGUCUGUGUGGAUAUCAGCUAUGCUUUGCUUCUUUGCUGACUUCUGUUUCGGAUGUCAAUGUGUGGACCACCUUGGCCAACGUGACGAAGACGGACGUGAUAUGUGUGUCCAUGGCAACUCCCACGAGUCCUUUUCGCACCUGUCUGGUUGGAGUACCUAUUGAUAACUACCGGUGGGGAACUCUAUAUAAUGAGACCGUGUUAGCAAACUGCACACAUCCAGGAACUCAACAACCUCUUUGGUGGUGCCAGGCAUCGUGGCGAGCUAAAAGCGGAAAGGACGCUACUUGGUAUAUUAAGUCUUUAGCAUACAUGCAUAAUUUUCCUGCUUUACCCAUUCAACCACAAGAGCUGGACAUCUUAGGGACAUUAACUGCAACUCGAUGCUUCUACCUAAACUAUACGUCAGGUACCAAGGUUAAUGAAGGAGGAGUUGACAUUUUUCCUAGAGAUAUCUACCGGAAUGCAUCAGCUUGGUGCAAUGAGACUCUGCAAAAACAAUUUAUUCCUGGAUCUGAUGCGAUAGGUCUCCCAAAUGAUAUGUUUCUCAUUUGUGGACAAAGAGCGUGGAAAGGUAUUCCGGGAAAGGCUGUAGGAGGCCCUUGUACCUUUGGACAAUUAACCUUUUUUUCAUCCUCGCAGCGUAACCUUGCCUAAACUAAGAAGACGCAGACGUGACACACGGCGAUUUACUCCGGACUGUAACUCAGAUGUAAGGUUUUGGAAUAAAGCCGAAAGAAUAACUGCUAGUAUAAUAUCUCAGAUAGGGACUGCUCAUGCUUUGGCUUCUUUAAAUAAACUAGGAUGCUGGUUGGCUAAAGAAGCUAAUGCUACUUCUGCUGCUUUGAGUGCAUUGCUCACAGAUGUAGACUCUGUUAGACAUGCAAGUUUACAAAAUAGAGCUGCUAUUGAUUUUUUUGUUGUUAGCCCAGGGACAUGGCUGUCAAGAUUUUGAGGGCAUGUGCUGUAUGAAUUUAAGUGAUCAUUCUGAAUCUGUUCAUGCUAGCAUCCAGAAAUUGAAAGCCCUUACUCAACAAUUACAUGUUCGUGAUGAAUGGAACCUCUUUGGUGAUUGGAAAUGGGGAUGGCCCUGGUUACGAAAAGCGUUAAUAGGCUUGUCAAUAGUUGGAUGUAUAAUAACAUGCAUAUUGUGUAUGAUUCCCUGUAUACUAACAUGUGUACGUCGAAUGAUAAACACCAAGCUAAAUGCAUUACAAUCUCGAGUAGUUCGUUAUCACCCUCUUGCUACCAUUGAUCACGCGGUGGUAUGUAAGGGGGGUACUUUUGAAUUAGAUGAUCAAUGGAGCAUAGAGGCGUGAGAACGGAAUCAUAUUAG